AUCGCCUCUGAUCAGCUGCUCAGUUCCACCUCGUCAUCCAACCGCACAGCCAGCAGAACAGAAUCUCUGGAUUCCAUAUUUUGGUUCUCUAUUCUCUGUGGGAAAAACAUAAUUACUACUUCGUAUUUGGAUACCCUCAUUUACUGCAGCUAACUAUGUGUUUCUUGGCGAUGAAUACUCGAAUUAAUAAUAACGCGAAGCAAGUGAAAUAUGUGCGAAGCUAUAGCUCAACUGUUAGUUUAAUAUAAAACAUUCAAUAAGUACAUGUAAAUACACACAAUUGCCUAGUGUUCGAAAUAGAAUUCGGCUGUACAAGUGUAUGAAUAUAAAUAAAUACCAAUAGAUAAUUAUAUAUGUACUUAUGUACAAUUGCACUCAACAACGGUUUGAUCAAAAAUCAUGCUGGCCAAAUCAUGCUGCGGUUGGAAAAAAUAUAAGACUUACGAUCCAUAUCAUCCACCCAUAUCCAAAGAUAAUAGCAUUUUAAAUGAAAAUACUCAACAAAACCACUCAAUCACAGAUAUUCACAUAAGAGUACACCACAACGAAAUCAGGUUUCCAGUUCCUUGCAGAUUUUUCUGUGACUGCAAAACGAGAAGAAACGAUCGAAUGAUUAUACUUGGACGUUCGAGAUGUAAUUUCCUUGUAAACCGAUGUCUAGCAGUCGCCGUAGUUUUAAUCCUAGCGGCUGCACACAGUGCUAAUGCUGAGACUGAAAUAAAAAGCUUCAGUAAUUCUUCCAACAGCAGCGUUAGUCCGGAAAUCGUUUUGUUGAGUAACGAAAAAAAUAUUAACACAAACGUACUUUCUGAAAAAAACGACUCUUCGAUAUCUGCCGAGGACCAAAUUAAUGAAAAUACUGAAUUAUUCCAAAUAAAAGUACAAAGUAAGCUGGCCAAAAAAAGUUCUUCCCUACCAAAGGUAUCAGUUUCAGAAGAUUUCACAAAAGUUCAAAGUGUGUCUAUGUACCGCAAUACCCUUCUCAAUAUAGAAAGUAUGCUGCAACGUCAAUUGCGUGAGAAAGCCAAAGUGGACAGUUUAGAGUCAAUUAAAAUGCAUAUACUUAUGCGCUUAAAUUUAAAAAAACUUCCUAAUAUAACCAAACCAAUAUCAGUACCACAAAAUAUAAUAGAUAAUUUUUAUAAGGACUUUAAUACGUCCUCGACAAAUUCAGUUUGGAGUCGCAUGACAAAUGCAGACGAAUCUCAUUCAUCAGUCCCAGAAAGUUUUAAGUCAAAUGACACUUAUGCCAGCGACACUAUGACUGAUUCAUAUGAAGAAAGUUCGUCCUCUCAAAUGCAAGGAGAUGAUGCUAACGCUGUUAAUGAAUUUCAAUUAAUGCAAGGAAUAGAGUUGAAUAAAAAUCAAGAUACAAAAACGGAUAUUCCCACUAAAAACAAUGGAGAGGAAUACGAGGGAAUUCUUUCACACAUUAGCAACAUUUACAUCUUUCCCGAACAAAUUCAACCUCAUGUCCGACACAACCGUAAUGCCGACGUUUUUCGGUUUAAAAUUGACGUUAGCUAUACGGAUUUAUCAUACGCCACGCUUCAUUUGUAUUUACGUGGUUGGGACUGGAUAAACAAACAUCAGCCGGAGCUCAUUGGAGAGAUUAAUAAUCAGCCAAGUAAAGAUAUUGUAGUGAUCAUUCACCGUGCUAUGAAGCGUGCAAAUACCACAAGCUUUACUCAUAAAGGAAAAAUAUUUGAGUUUCGUCGAAGUAUUCCGUCAGGCCUAGGCCAAUGGGUUAACGUUGAUUUAAAAUCUCUUUUUGGGGAUCUUGGGUCAAACACCACGCAAGAAAUUCUUAUAAAAGGAGCACAACCCUGGAUGAAGCCAUUAGUAGUGACCACUGAUAAUACAUCAAAAAAUCCGUUGACAGUUCAUAUAGAAAUUGGGUCACAAAAAAAGAAUCGGAGAAGGCGCAGCGUAUAUAUGGACUGCACAGAAAAUGAUCAUGACAUGCGAUGUUGUCGAUAUCCACUUAAAGUUAACUUCACCAGCUUUGGAUGGCAUUUCGUUGUGGCACCAACGUCAUUUGAUGCAUACUUCUGCAGUGGAGAUUGCAAAGUUGGUUACCUAGAGCAAUAUCCACAUACACAUUUAGCAGCCUUAACUACGUCGGCCACACCGUGUUGCUCACCAACAAAAAUGAGUUCCUUAAGUUUGUUAUAUUUUGACGAUAACCAUAACCUGGUGUUAAGUGUUAUACCAAAUAUGUCUGUCGAGGGUUGCAGCUGUUCCUAGCGGAAAAAAAGGAGGCAACCCCACAAGUGGUUUUUUUAUAACAUAGAACUUAAAAAUAAUUGUUGUAAAUACACAUACAAAAAAUAUUUAGCUGUUUGAGAAAGCUAGUAUAAUGUAUAACCCCCAGAUUUGACAAAAAAUAUAUAUUUUGUAACAGAAAAAAUUAGUCGGAUUGCAUGCUAUAAUUGAAUAUUUACCAUAUUAAGAGUCGCUUCUAAAAUUGUAUAGUUAAGAUUCAAGUUGCAGUUAAAGAGAGAAAAGCCUUGCUGCUAAUUAUGGUAUUUUUAGCAUACUCCUAUAUAUAUUAGGUCAUGAGAGGAAAAUGAAUAUAAACCUUUUUUUAAACAAUGAAUUUAUUCUUUACUACAUGACAAAUACCUUAGUGAUUUUAAGUGAAAAGCAACCAACAAAAAAUGUUUUAAAUAAAAAAAGUGUAUGACGAAUUAAAAAACUUAAUUUAGCUAUCGAGCUUGUAUAUAAUGUCUUUAAUAUAAAAAAAACACUUCUAAGCAAAUUA